AUAACUAUUUUCAUGUAAACAGGACCAAUGAUUUAUAAGGGAAUUUACCAUCUAUUCUACCAGUACAAUCCCAAAGGUGCGGUGUGGGGCAACAUUGUGUGGGCCCAUUCGGUGUCAACGGAUUUGAUCAACUGGAAGAAACUGGAGCCCGCAAUCUACCCAUCCAAGCCAUUCGAUAAUUUCGGGUGUUGGUCCGGGUCGGCCACCAUCCUUCCGGGUAAUAAGCCCAUCAUACUCUACACUGGAAUAAUUGACAAAAACGACACACAGGUCCAGAACUAUGCAGUGCCUGAAAACUAUUCGGAUCCUUACCUCCAGAAGUGGAUAAAACCCGAUAACAACCCGUUGGUGGUUGCCGAUCCGGGUGUGAAUAAAACCGCCUUUCGUGACCCGACAACAGCUUGGUUCAAAGAUGGGCAUUGGAGAAUGUUGGUGGGCAGCAGGAGGAAGCACAGAGGGAUAGCAUAUUUGUACAGAAGUAGGGACUUCAUGAAAUGGACUAAGGCCAAACACCCACUGCAUUCCGCGGCCAAAACCGGGAUGUGGGAGUGCCCAGAUUUCUUCCCGGUUUCAAUGCAAGGUGAAAACGGGUUGGACCCUUCGUACCUGGGGCCGAAGAUUAAGCAUGUGUUCAAGGUGAGCCUUGAUGUCACAAGGUAUGAGUACUACACAGUAGGGACAUACUUCCCGGAAAAGGACAAGUACGUACCGGAUAACACAUCCGUUGAUGGUUGGAGCGGGUUGAGACCCGAUUAUGGAAAUUACUAUGCUUCAAAAUCGUUUUUCGAUGAUAAAAAGAAUCGAAGGAUUUUGUGGGGGUGGUCUAAUGAGUCCGACACUGCUGCAGAAGACGUUGCAAAGGGAUGGGCAGGAAUUCAGACAAUUCCGCGAAAGGUAUGGCUGGAUACUAACGGAAGACAAUUGGUACAAUGGCCAGUUGAAGAAUUAAACACUUUGAGAGCGCAAAAGGUCCAGAUGAGCAAUCAAAAACUCAAUAAGGGAGAACAUGUUGAGGUUAAAGGAAUAACAGCUGCUCAGGCUGAUGUUGAAGCAACCUUCUCAUUCCCAAGCUUGGACAAAGCAGAGCCAUUUGAUCCUAGCUGGACUGAUGCCCAAGAGGUUUGCAGCAAAAAAGGUUCAACUGUUCAAGGUGGGGUUGGUCCAUUUGGCCUCUUGACAUUGGCUUCGGAAAAGCUUGAAGAAUACACACCCGUCUUCUUUAGGCUUUUUAAGGCUAAGGACAAGCAUGUAGUUCUCAUGUGUUCUGAUGCAACCAGAUCCUCUUUAAAGACAGGGUUGUAUAACCCAUCAUUUGCAGGCUUUGUCGAUGUAGAUUUAAAAGAUAAUAAGCUUUCACUUAGGAGUUUGAUUGAUCACUCUGUAGUAGAAAGUUAUGGCGCUGGUGGAAGAGCAUGCAUCACAUCUAGGGUUUAUCCUACUAUAGCAGUACAAAAUGAUGCUCAUUUAUAUGUAUUCAACAACGGGACAGAGACAGUUACCGUUGAUAAUUUGAGUGCCUGGAAUAUGAACGCUGCCAAGAUCGAGUAAAGAAGGGAUGGGAGAAAAGCAAAAAGAGGAAUUUGAUUUUACUUUUUGGUAAAGCUUGUAUGUUAUGUCUAUUGGGGUUUAAAUAAUUGAUUCAAGCUAUUGGAUGGAUGUAGUAGACUCUCUUCUUGCUCAAGUGUUCAGGAAUGGAAACCAGAUUUCAUAACUUUCAAGUUGCAUUAUUGAUGAUGAUCUUACAAUUUAUCCAAAAUAAAUAAAUAAAUUAGGACCUCGAAAAAUAAAUAUUUGGUGAACAAAUGUUGAGAUAUUCUAUCUACUUUGUCCCA